AUGAUCACCUUCUUCUCCUCCUCUUCUCUGCUGCUGGCGUCGCAGCUGCUGCUGUUGCUGGUGCCGCCUGAUGCGGUGGACGGCUACGCAGUGUUGGACAUUCGGCAGGACGAGAAGGCGAAGCUGCUGCACCGUCUGGACACGCUGAACAUCCUCGCCUACGUCAGCAUCCUCAUCCUCAUCGUCUGCACCAUUUGGCUGUUCAAGCACAAACGGGUCAAGUUUAUCCAUGAGACAGGGCUGGCGAUCAUCUACGGCCUGGUGGUGGGGGCGAUCAUUCGCUACGCCGGCAAGGACACCGAGGUCUCACAGCUGAGCGUCAUACCGAAGAACAUCACCAGCAUCAACUCGACGAUCAAGUACGGCCCGCCGGACAUGCUGUGGAUUGAGUUCAACCCCGGCAACACCACCAGCAUUACCCCCAGCGGCAAGGACACAACCGAGGCGCGCUCCUACGCCUACGUCUUCCAGGGCGAAAUUUACAACCCAAAGACGGACGGCUCGCGGCCGCAGAACACCAAGAUCCUGGAAAAGGCCACCUUUGACCCGGAGAUCUUCUUCAACCUCAUUCUCCCGCUGAUCGUCUUCAACGCCGGCUACUCGCUGAAGCGCAAGUUCUUCUUCCGCAACUUUGGCGCCAUCAUGACCUAUGCCUUCUUCGGCACCACCAUCAGCUGCUUCAUCGUCGCCUGCGUCAUGAAGACGCUGGGCUGGUUCAUGCCGACCACCCUGGCCGAGUUUAGCUUCAGCGACUUUCUCUACUUUGGCGCCAUCAUCAGCGCCACCGACCCGGUCACCGUGCUGGCCAUCUUCAACGACAUUCGCGUCGACGUGACGCUGCACGCCCUCGUCUUUGGCGAGUCGAUCUUCAACGACGUCAUCUGCAUCGUGCUGGCCAGCUCCAUUGACUCCUUUACGCGGCACUACGCGCAGGGCUUCUUCCUCGCCGUCUACACCGCCUUCACCAACUUUCUCUACAUCUUCAUCGCCAGUCUCAUUCAGGGCUCGCUGAUUGGCUGUGCCACCGCCCUGCUGACCAAGUACACCAAACUCUGUGACCACCCGCUGCUGGAGAGUACGCUCUUUGUACUUUGCUCCUACGCGAGCUUUCUCCUCGCUGAGGCGUUUGAGCUGUCGGGCAUCGUCUCGGUGCUCUUCUGCGGCAUCUGCCAGGCCCAUUACACCUACAACAACCUCUCGCCGGAGUCGCGCGUCCGCACCAAGUCACUCUUUGAGAUGUGCAACUUCAUCGCGGAAAACUUCAUCUUUGCCUACAUUGGCGUCAGCAUCUUCACCUUUCCGCAGCAUCUCUGGUCCUUCUGGUUCAUCCUCUGGACCUUCAUCGCCAUCAUCCUCGGCCGAGCGCUGAACGUUUACCCGCUCAGUUACUUUCUCAACCUUGGGCGGACAAAUAAGAUUCCUCUGGAGUUUCAGCACGUCCUCUUUGUCUCCGGACUGAGGGGUGCCAUGGCCUUUGCGCUGGCCAUUCGCAACACGCUGACCGAGCCGCGCCGGCUGAUGCUCACCUCCACCUCCAUCGUCUCCAUCACCUCGGUGAUCUUCUGCGGCAGCUCCAUUCAGCCCAUUCUCGCCUACUUCAGCAUUCCCACGAACGUCGACGAGGCGGUGGAGCACAACUCGAGCGGCUUUGGCGCCGGCAACGACGCCGCUGGCACCAGCUUUGACCGCUUCCGCAAUCG